GCGGGCGCCGAGGCCCGAGCCUUUGAGACCGGAGCCGAGAUAACGCCGAGCCGCGGUGCCCCGGUGGGCCGCCCCAGCCGAAGUCAUGGGCAUCAAAUUUUUAGAAGUUAUCAAACCUUUCUGUGCUGUUCUACCAGAAAUUCAGAAACCUGAAAGGAAAAUCCAGUUUAGGGAGAAGGUACUAUGGACUGCUAUAACGCUCUUCAUUUUCUUAGUAUGUUGUCAGAUACCACUGUUUGGAAUCAUGUCAUCAGAUUCUGCAGAUCCUUUCUAUUGGAUGAGAGUGAUUCUUGCAUCCAACAGAGGAACUUUAAUGGAAUUGGGUAUCUCCCCAAUUGUAACAUCUGGUUUGAUUAUGCAGUUGUUAGCUGGAGCCAAAAUCAUUGAAGUUGGAGAUACACCCAAAGAUAGAGCUCUAUUCAAUGGAGCCCAGAAAUUAUUUGGUAUGAUCAUUACCAUUGGGCAAGCCAUUGUAUAUGUCAUGACGGGCAUGUAUGGGGAUCCUGCUGAAAUGGGUGCUGGAAUCUGUCUCCUUAUCAUUAUUCAGUUGUUUGUUGCUGGUUUGAUUGUGCUGCUGUUAGAUGAGCUGCUACAGAAGGGUUACGGCCUGGGGUCUGGUAUUUCCCUCUUUAUUGCCACCAACAUCUGUGAAACCAUUGUCUGGAAGGCCUUUAGUCCCACUACUAUUAACACUGGCAGAGGUACUGAAUUUGAGGGUGCUGUCAUAGCUCUCUUUCAUUUACUGGCCACCAGGACCGACAAAGUCCGAGCUUUAAGGGAGGCGUUCUAUCGUCAGAACUUACCCAAUCUCAUGAACCUCAUUGCUACCGUCUUUGUGUUUGCUGUUGUUAUAUAUUUUCAGGGAUUUCGUGUUGACCUGCCCAUUAAGUCUGCCCGGUAUCGAGGACAGUACAGCAGCUACCCCAUCAAGCUCUUCUACACCUCAAACAUCCCCAUUAUUCUUCAGUCGGCCUUAGUGUCAAACCUCUAUGUUAUUUCCCAGAUGCUGUCUGUUCGAUUCAGUGGCAACUUCUUAGUUAAUUUACUAGGACAGUGGGCAGAUGUCAGUGGGGGAGGACCUGCUCGCUCUUACCCAGUGGGAGGCCUUUGUUACUAUCUUUCUCCUCCUGAGUCCAUGGGUGCCAUAUUUGAGGAUCCUGUCCAUGUGGUUGUUUAUAUCAUCUUCAUGCUGGGAUCAUGUGCAUUCUUUUCUAAGACAUGGAUAGAGGUGUCUGGUUCCUCAGCCAAAGAUGUAGCUAAACAGCUUAAAGAACAGCAAAUGGUAAUGAGGGGCCACAGAGAUACCUCUAUGGUUCAUGAGCUUAAUAGGUAUAUCCCCACCGCAGCUGCGUUCGGCGGUUUGUGCAUUGGCGCCCUGUCAGUGUUGGCCGACUUCCUAGGGGCCAUUGGCUCUGGCACUGGAAUUCUGCUCGCAGUUACUAUUAUUUAUCAGUAUUUUGAAAUAUUUGUUAAGGAACAGGCUGAAGUAGGUGGGAUGGGUGCUUUGUUUUUCUAAAUGUUCCAGUACUUUUUUGUGUGAAGAGAAAACAUUUUGACACAUUGUUUUUGUCAAAUAAUGCUGGCUCCCCUCUUCUCCCCUCAUUUUUUUUCAAGUGCUAACUGUUCCAUUUCUGAAAUGGGCACCGAGCUAAGCCUGUGUGCAGCAUUAGUACCAGCUGCCUUAAAACUAAAGUUUACAUUAUUCAUUAGAAAAUAUACAUGUAGUGUUGCCUGUGAUGCUGAAAACCAAUGUACCCGCCUUGCCGUGUUCAGUUGUGACGGUGAGGUAACGUGGAUCAGUUUUGCACACAAUAUUCAAAACACUCAGUAUUGCCCCCACUUGUUUAAAAAUAAAUAUAGUUCAAAUUGUCACUUUCCAGUAUUUUGGACUUAUCUAUAUUUUAGAUAUAAUUACUUUUUAUACUUUUUAAACUCGUAGUAUCCAUGUUCCAACCCUCCCUUUCCAUUCCUUCCCUUUUAUUUGUCCCUUUUCAAAGCAGCCACUUAGCCCAGAUGGGCAAAAUCAAGUUUCUUCAAGCUCUGUCACUAGAAAAACUACUUAUAAUUAUUAUUCUUGUUUUCCAUUCCUCUUUCUUCCCAGUGAUAGCACAAUUGGUGCUGUUUUUACUGUAUUGGCUAUGCCUUUGAAUUCCAAGUCACUUGAGAAUGCUCUUUCAAGAUACCAUGUCCCAGUUGUUUUAUUUAAAAACCCUAAAGCAAAGAUCUAAUUCUCAAGCAAUGUCUGUAGUUCAGUGGGGGUGAACAAGGAGUAAUUCAUGCUAGGAAUCUGUAUACGUUGUUGUACUUUAUAGCAGCAACAUGAGUGUAAACAGUAGAUAACAAACUUUUAUUUAAUACAACUGUUUCAGUUGUGUUGGAAAAAUAAAAAUCUGAUAUUAAAUGCUUUGUGUAGGUUCAUUGUAUUCAUACAGAAUCUGUCCUGAGGUGCCUAUUGCAAGAGGUCAAAUGUAAUUAGUGUAUAAUCCUAAAAUAUUGAGGGACAGUGACCAACUUAAGGUUCCUCAGUUAUGUCACUAACAUUUGGAAGCAGGAAAACACUGGUCUCAAAUGAUAUCCCAGCCCCCAUUUGAAAUAGUAGCAGUUCUUUAUCAAUAACUUAUUUUUAAAGUAUGUGCUUUAUUGUCCAAAAAGAGAUCAGAUUUAAUUUUUGAAAGACUUCCUUUUCAAAAGUAUUAUUUUCCAUUGUUUUUUACCUUUUUGUUAAGUAUAUUUUAUUUAGCUUAGGUUCACAAAGCCAAAUAACUACAGGGGCAAGGCAGAUAAAGUAAAAGCUGGCAGGACAGCAAGGAUGGUCAAGGGGUGAACAUCUCAGGGUGCAGACCAUUGUUACCAUAGAAAUAGGGACCUAGUGUUGUUUUUAUCUGUUUUGUUUUUUUCCAAGAGAAGGUAAAAAAAUAUGGCUUUCAUGGGAAAUCUUCAACUUAUUUUAUUUCAAGAGAGAGAGAGAGAAACAUCCAUGUGAGAGAAACAUCCAUGUGAGAGAAACAUCAACCGGCUGCCUCCUGCAUGCCCCCUAACUGGGGAUC